GCCAUAACACGUUUACCGUGGAUAAUUAGAGCCAAGCCGAAACUUAACAUGUAUUAAAAAAAUAAUGUUUUGAAGUAUAUGUUUAUUUUUUUAUGAUAGAAUAUAGUGUUGUCAUCAGUUUGACAUGUGUGUAUACCAGGUUUGCAGUCGAUACCAUUGGGAUGUGGGUUAAAAUUGAGUUACAAGAUUUGAGGAUAAAACAACAGAGGGAGUUAAAAUAAAGCGUGGAAUAAUAAAACGAUGCCAAAGGUGUUGUGUAGGAUUUAAACGAUUUAAACGUUUACCCGAAAUCUGUACAGCGAGAGGCAUUGUAGCGUUCUUAUAGGGGGCAUCGGUGGAGGUGAUAUUGCUGAGUGUUAAAUUAUGGCCAAUUUUGUAACAUUUACAGGUUAUUAACAGGGAUGUGAAGUCGCUUUUGGCUGUGAAUAAUGAAUAUCCAGGGCUGCAAGACGUGAUAAAGUUGACAGUUGCUUUAGACGGCAAAGAGCUAUUUUGUAAAAAAUAAGAAUGUUUCAGAUCAAAAUAAAUUUCAUGGAACAGCUACCAACAAUGUGUUCCUGCACUGAACGUGUUUGGCAACCUAUACAUAACCGUCAGAAAGAGGUUGCAGCUCAGCUGCGCAAGGUGCAACAAUCAACAGUUUGGGAGCUGCAAGACACAACACAAUGGCUUGCAGAAUAUUCCAUUUAUGUACGAGAUGUGGAUCUCCUUCUUUGGGAAAUAACAGUUAACCCUGCUUCUACUCUCGAAGAUGUUGUUGAAUCUCUUGGGGAAAAGGGGGUUAAAAUCCCAACAAUUGCAUCAUUUUUUUGUGGCUGCAGAAAGAUUUUACAGGGCAGUCCCUUGCAGAAUUUUGGAGUGGGCAAUGGGACAAAUAUAGAGGUUUGCUUAGGUCUGCUAGGAGGUGGAAGAAAAAAGAAAAAUAAUAAGCAACAGAUGGACAAUGUUUCAGCUCCCACUAAUGUGCAAGAUGGACAGGCCUCUGUGUCUCAAGAUGAGCAGCAAAGUGACCAGCAUGCACUGUACAAUCUCUCCCUACAAGGGGCAUCAGGGGGAGCAGAAGAGACAACUUUUGUUGAAGAUAAAGGUCCACAUGUAUCACCGAUGGGUGGUGGUGAUACAUGUAAGCAAUCAAAGGUGAAGAAUAAGAAAAAAGCUCAAGAUCCAGCUGUCGGCUUGCAUUCAGGAAGUACCUCACCAUCAGAGCUACCAGCCACUGCUAAGACUGAGCCAUCAUCUGGGCAGCUGUGUGACGCAGUGGACUCGGAGGGCCAAAUCUCCCAAGAAACAUCAGGCGGCGAAGAAAUGUCCUUUUCCGAGGGAGAUGGUUUGGAUCGCAAAGGCCAUGUGCCACAGCUAAAAAUUCAGUCCAACAAAAUUGUUUUGGAGAUUGAAGGUGGUGAUACUUUGAAGAAAUUGAAGAAAAAGAAAAAAUCUAAAGAUCCAGCUGUCAGCUCGCAGUCAGGAAGUUCCUCACCAUCACAGCAACCAGCCACUGCAAAAACUAAGCCAUCACCUGAGCAGCUGUGUGACACAGAAGACCUAAUCUCGCAAGGAGCAUCGCGGGAUGCAGUAACGUUCCCUUCCGAAGGAGAUUGCAAGGCCAACAAACCUGUUUCAGAAAUUGAAGGUGGUGAUGUUAUGAAGAAAUCAAAGGCAAAGAAAAAAUCAAAAUGUCCAGCUGUCAGCUCACAGCCGUGCAGUACCUCCCAGAAACCAGCCAGUGUUAAGACUAAGCCAUCAUCUUGGCAGCUGUCUGACACAGUGGACUCAGAGGACCGACUCAUGCAAGGACCAUCAGGUGGAACAGAUAGCUUCCCUUCUGAAGGAGGAGAUGGUUCGAAUUGCAAGGGCCAAGUUCUACUUCAAAAUAUUCAGGCCAAUAAGGCUAUUGAAGAGACUGAAGGUGGUGCUACAUGGAAGAAAUCAAAGGUCAAGAAAAAGAAAAAAAAUCCAGUCGUCAGCUCACAUUCAGGAAGCACCUCCCCAAGACAGCAACCAGCCACUGCUAAAACUAAGCCCUCAUCUGGGCAGCUGUCUAACAAAGUGGACUCGCAAGGAGCAUCAGGCGGUGCAGAAACGCCCCCUUUUGAAGGAGGAGAUGGUUUGGAUUCAAAGGGCCGAGUGCUAAAUCGAAAUAUUCAGGUCAACAAAACUGUUUCGGAGACUGAAGAGCGUCGUCCAGAAAAUAUGAAAGACUGGAAGGACAACCACGUUCAGAACUGGCUUCGUGAGAUCCAGUUUAACGAGUCUUCAUGUGACAAACUUAAGCAAGAAGAAGUCACGGGGGCCGUACUUGUUGUUCUAAGUAAAGAAGAUUGUGAUAGUUUUAAGAUACCUCGAGGGCAGAUGAUUUUACUGAUUAAAAAAAGAGAUGAGUAUCUUUCUAAAUCUGUGCAAGACACAGUGCCAGUCAGUACAAUAAAACUGGCAACAGAUCUUGCUGAAUCUGAGUCGGAAAAGAAAAAGGAAUUGCCUCAGAGCAAACGCGACUCAAAAGGGUUUACAGAAACACCUGCUAUGGUUGAUCCGAAUUGUACAUUAACAAUAGGUAAUGAAGGAAGAGAGAUUAUAUUCAUUGACCCAUGCCCCUUUGAAAGUGAUAGUUCUAAAUACAGUUAUGGCAAAGGGAAAUGUUUACCUCCUGAAUCUGGCAAAGGGAAUUUGAUCACACCCUGCCAUGAAUAUAAGGCUUUUCAACCUGGGACUUGCACUUCUGAGGAGAAAAAAAGGAAGUCUUUUAUAAAUGAAACUUUCAGGUUUGCUUCAGCUUGCAUAAACAGUAGAACAAAUGGCACUAUCCAUUUUGGAGUGGGGGACAAGGAAAAUGGUUGCCUACAUGCUGAAGUUCUUGGAGUAGAUGUGUCCGAUGUGAGAAACUACCAGCAGUGGUUGUUGGAUGGCCUCGCCACAUGUUUAUGUACUGAUGAUGAGCGAACAAUUGUUAGCUCUUGUAUGAGACCACCUCGAUUUGUAAAAGUAAGUUCCUCCGGUACACAUUUGGCAAAUAACUUAUUUGUGAUCGAAGUUGACAUAGUGCCAGCCCAUAAAACAUGUGGAAAUAAGAUUGUACGUGUAAAGUUGAUACCAGAUGUAGGCAAGGGUGCAAAAGAAAUAGCUUUUAAACGGGAUCGAGAUUUAUCAGAAAAGAUCGGCAACAUUGAGCAAUACUUAGAAAAUAAUUUACCGGUGUUGAUAAAUCGGAGGCUUAAGUGUGAAAAAGUGCACACAUCAAAAACUGAAAGGAAAGCAAUGCACACCGAUCUUGACUUAAAACUUACUAAACUUAUUACCGGUGGUGAGAAAACACUUGACGAGUCUACUUAUGAUCAUUAUUUAUUGGUCACAAAUAGUCCUGAAACAGAUUCUAUUUUGAAAGACGUAACGUUUAUUAAAGAAAUCCCGUGGCUUGCCGUAUUAGAUUUUAAUUCAAAAUCUUAUUACAAUGGAUUGCACAAAAUGUUUAGGGUUAAUAAGUUGGCCGUUCAGCUGAAUUCACCACAGGCAUAUGAUGGCUGGUAUAAGGGCCUGGACAAAUUUUGUGAUGACAUGAAGAUUGGAAAGAUAUGUCAAUGGAUAUACUGUAACGGAUGGUCUCCGCUCAAUGAUUCAAAAGAAGCAUGGAUGGAUGUUGAUAUGUGGCAUCGUGAUCGUAGCUCAGCUGUGGCUAAUGUGAUCAACUUUCUCUGCACUAGAGUUCUACAGACAGGCACACAUUUGGUGGUAUUCCUGCUUUUGAGCACAGUCGAUUCAGAAAAAGACCCAAUGCUGGAGGUGUUAAAAUGCUUCUACAAAGAAAUGCAUGGACACCAGCAUAUGCUGUGCUUAGCAGACAAUGAAAACACUUAUGAUAAGUGGAUCAGUCUACAAAGUAUUCUCAAACCAGAAGAAUUGGAGGAUCGUUGUAUGAAAGGGAUGAAAAUGCGUGAAGUGAAUGAUACAGUCCUCAGCAUUAAAAAGGAGACCCGCAUGGACAAAAAAUUCAUUCCAGAAUUUAAUGGCGCACUAUGCAUUGUGGAUGAUGAAACUGAAAAAGACAUGUCCACCUUGAAUGUGUUGUACCUUAACCAAUGUGAAGACUGUGCUAUAGAAGAAGAUGAAAACAAGUUUAGAAAAUUCAAGCUUGAAGAAGAAACAAAUUAUUACAAAGGUGGCAAGAUCACCUGGUGGUUAUUUUACUUCACAGAUAGAGGAUAUUCUAAAUGUUGGUUUAAGCGGGACAACUAUGAUACUCUUAAAAGAGCAAUUACACGACAAGAACAGAAUACAUAUCAGUCUGUGAAAAUAGUUAACCUGUUUCAUCAUCCAGGUUGUGGCGGAACUACAAUGGGCAUGAAUGUUUUGUGGGAUUUGCGAAAAGACUUCAGGUGUGCAGUUGUGAAUGAUAAUGUGCACAACACAUUGGAAAUAGCAAGAAAUGUGGUGCAUCUAUUGACUUACAACAAAGAAGACGAUACAAAUGUAAGACAAGAAGAUGGUUUCAUUUCCGUUUUGCUGUUAGUUGACAAUGCCGCAUUCGAUGUUGGGCAGUUACGCAAAAACAUUUCUAAGCAAAUCGAUGGAAAAGGAUGCCGAGUAACACGGCCCACUGUGUUCAUCCUGAGCUGUUGCCGGGCCACAAAUCCUGAAACACUGUGCCAGGAAAACCCGAAUACAAGCAUCCCACUGACUCACACUCUUACAAAAACUGAGACAACAGCAAUUGUGGAAAAGCACCAUGAACUAGAGAAAGAGCAUUUAGAAAAAACGAAAUCCUUUAUCUCCUUCAUGGUCAUGAAAAAUAACUUUUCCAGGGACUACGUAACAAAGUUAGUGGAAGAUUCUUUGCAGUCAGUUCCCAAUUCUCAAAGAGAGUUAGAUUUUUUGGCCUAUGUUGCACUGCUGAGUGUGUAUGUUGAGGAUUUCUCCCUUCCUGUCUCACACUGUCAGCAAUUCUUUGGCAUCCAUGGAUACUUGAGUAAUUUUAGAACAUUUUUGCACAAGGCAAUAUCUUUUCUAUUAAUUGAUCUGCAAAGAGAGCAGUACAAUUUAUAUAGAGCAAUUCGUAUUGUUCACCCAAUGGUUGCUGAAGAAAUUUUAAAACACUUGUACUCAAAAAUGUCAACAGAUUUGACAAAAAUUGCUCUUAACUUUUUUCAAGAAGAAGCGAUGUUCCAUCAUCGAUUUGCCCAAGACGAUUUCCUGAAAAGCGUAAAUGAAAUGCUUAUUAAGCGGCAGUACAAAGAGCACAGACACCCAUUGGACAGCUUAAGACAUGUGGCUACAGAACAAAUUGAUGCUGAAGAAUUGGAACUAGACAAAGCACUUUUUUCCAAUUUGGUCAUAGCCAUAUGUGAGGAAAGCAAAGGGCAAGCUGCAGCUAUUGAGGUUCUUGAGAAAGCAUUUAAAAUGCUUAGUGAAGAACCUUUUUCAGCCUUUAUUGCUCAGGCCAUAGCCAGGUUACUCAUUAAAAGUGAAAAGUACGAUGAUGCCAAAAUAUGGGCCAAGAAAGCCUGCGAUAUCAGGCAGAAUAACCCUUUUAUUUUUAAUACACUUGGGCAGACGUAUAGAGCUGAAAUGAAACACACUUUUAGAAGAAAACUGAUUAAGAAAGAAAGGAUUCAAGAACGUGAUCUGUGUAAAGCGUUGGAACUUGCAAGAGAUGCUUCACAUUGGUUCAAAGAAUCUCAAGAAGCGCAAAGCCAAGAAAGUACGACUAUUAAUGUGUCUGGCUUCCUCGAUGAGUUGGAUGUUGCACUGUACAUUAUCAAACUACUUAGUUUGACUGGAAUGUUUCACUGCGACUCUCCUUUAGGGAAGCUAUCACUUCAAAACUACUUGAUGAAAGACACAGAAACCCUUCCUUCAUCCAUAUCGAGUUUAUGGGCACCUUAUCAUGAUUAUCUGAAAAAUCUGGUUGCCAACAUAGAAAGAUGUUUGGAUUGGGUUAUCCGAGAAGUUCUGUAUCAUAAAGCAUCGGACUUUAUGACCAAAAAGUACCACCAACUCUGUGAAACGUAUGCAGAAGUGUCCCAACUUAUUUACAGUCCCCAUCAGCUUUCCAAAAAAAAGGAAAUAAUCGCCAACGCAGUUGGUGAUGACAUCAAGCUAAAAAUGGCCGGUGGAAGCAAUUUUGAAUUUCUUUUAAAGAAGUUGUUUGAUCCACAAAUGGAAAAAAGGCUCUGUGAUAUCUUCACUUUGUUAAAGAACCUGAUGAACACGGAGGACAUGAAGUACUUUCCGCAUUACUUCAUAGUCAAUUGUGCAAUAUGCUACUAUGGUCCAUCAGGAACCAAGGCCACACAUUUCCAAGAAAUGUACAACAAAGGCUUGGAGAUUGCAGGCAAGAUUUGUCGCGGAAUUUACGAAUCGACACCUUAUCCAUACUUUGUUAUAGCACUCCUGCUUUUGCCAAACUUGGAACAUCUUACUGAAGAGCAGACAAGAUAUCUUAUAAAUUCUCUGGAGCAGAUGUACACUCUGUACAAACGGCAUGCAGCAAAAAAAGCUUUUACAUUUUCCACAAAAAAUAAUAUUUUAUACUUAGGUCAAGGUGAAGGCUACACGAGCAUUGUCCACCGCACACAGUUGCACCAAUUUUGUGAGCUGAAGCAAUGGCAUGAGCAACGCAAAUGGUGGUUCCAGGAAGUGUGGACUAAUUCAGAAGUCUGUGAAAAGCUAAAACGCGUACGUGGAUUUGUCCGGUCAGAAGACAAGAUUUUCAUUAGCACGGCCUAUGAAGACCUUAACAUUCCAGUGACUCCUUCCAAUCUUUCUUAUACCCGCUGUCGAUCGUACAUUGAGGAAGUAGAAUUCUUCGUAGCUUACUCUUUGUGUGGACUCUUUGCAUACGACAUCAAGCCAGUUCGAGUAAGCAACAAAAAAUAAAAUACACAGUUUCUACAAUUUUUAAACAUUCGAAACAUUCAGCUAGUAAGGUUUAUCAAGUCAAGCUAUUGAGAACACUCGUGCUUGUCAGCCACUACCAUUAAUAGUGCUACAAUAUCCGCAAUGCCAUUUAAAAUUAGACAACACCCUAAUGAUGUAUCUUAUGUAUCCAUUAAGAGGUUAAUAACGUGCUAAUUUGCACUAAUGCAGCUUCCAUUUAAAUAUAUGCCACAGUUUACAAACCUUUUGCUUAUAUGGCAUCUAGGAAGAUUGGUUAUUGAUCAUAUCACUAAAAUGAUAUUACUAUAAAUACCACAAGAUGUUCAAAUGCUGUCCAAAGACCUUUGUGUGUAACCCUGGUCAGCUUUAACACGCUAUAUCUGCGCUAUAUCUGUAAAAUAAGUUCAAAGUCCUGUAGUCACUCAAAGGUGUG